AAGCAUCAGUUGUGGUCUUGCAGCAAAGACAAAGUUCCAAUUUCUUCAAGUCUCUCAGUGUUUCUUCAAAUCUCUCUCUCAUCAAAAUGCCUUGCCCAUGCGGAAGUGGUUGCAAAUGCGCCUCCCAAACCAACAAAGGAUCCUGCAACUGUGGCUCUGACUGCAAAUGCGGUGGCGAGAACAAAUCCAAGUGCGGCUGCUCCUCCAAGUGAAUCAAGGACGAAAUGAAUAACUCAACAUCUCGCAGUACUCUUGUGUAUUAUUUUUUGACUGUUUUGAUUUUUGUAUAAUGUUCAUUUUCUUACACAAUAUGUUCAAUUAAAUCUAAUGUCCAAUUUAAACUGAA